AUGGAGGUUGAGUUGGGACUCAAGAUCACAAGAACCAGAGAUGACAUCACUUCUGUUUCUGAUUUUCAAUUUGCCAAAGACAAAACAGGACCUGUCUUCUUGUCAACAGAAACUGAUGCAACCUUCAAGCUCACUGCACAUCUUAAAGGAUAUAAGAAAGAAAACAUUGACAUAACUAUAAGUAAAGAUGGUACUCAGAUUUCAGUGAGUGGGGAGAAGGAGGUGCAAGAAAUGCAAAUGAUACAGUUCAAGAAAGAGCUUAAAAUCAAAGGGUUUGCCAAGAAGUUUAAAAUCCCUGAUGGGGUGGUUUUGGAUCGGAUCAAGGCUAAGUAUAAUGAAGAGGAUGCACUUUUGACAAUUGUGAUGCCAAAAGGGGAAAUGGGAAAAGGAGGGUUUGGCAUUGAGGAAGUGAAGGAAGAAGCAGAGUCAAGUAUAGCAGAAGAAAAGGUUGUUGAUAAUAGUGUUACACCAGAACCAGAGCAAAGUUUAGUAGAAAAGGUUGCAGAUAAGACUGAAGAGGAAACACCACCAGUGAAGAAGCGUGGUCCCAAAAAACCAUGGAAGCCUUGUCCUCCUUUGUUUCUUGGAGGAUCAACCUUGCUUGUAUCUCUUAUAUUUCUUGUAAUACACUAUAUUAGAGUCCGAAAGAGUUGA